AUGUCUCCUCCUCCCCUCUCCUCCUAUCUCCUCCCCCCUCUCCUCAUGUCUCCUCCUCCUAUCUCCUCAUGUCUACUCCUCCCCUCUCCUUGUCCCUUCUCCUCAUAUCUCCUCCACCCCUCUCCUCAUGUCUGCUCCUCCCCUCUCCUCCUAUCUCCUCCUUGUCUGCUCCUCCUAUCUCCUCCUCCCCUCUCCUCCUCCCUCCUCAUUCUGCUCCUCCCCUCUCCUCAUGUCUGCUCCUCCCCUCUCCUCAUGUCUGCUCCUCCUAUCUCCUCCUCCCCUCUCCUCAUGUCUGCUCCUCCCCUCUCCUCAUGUCUGCUCCUCCCCUCUCCUUGUUUCUCCUCCUAG